AUAGCCAGCCUCGGCGCGCUCACCACCGCCUUCACCCCUCCCGCGUCAUGCGCGUCCAGCACAGGCAUCCACAUCGUCGGCUGCGGCGCCGAGUGCGUGUGGUGGGCCGAAGGUCCCCUCAACAGUCCCGCCGCCAGCGCGUGCUACCCCUCAAGCUACAACCCUUCUCUAGGCCACUACUACAGCCCGGGAGUCUGCCUGUCGGGGUACACGGCAGCGUGCACGCCGCGACGGACCAGUGGAGACGUCAUUGAGACGAUACAAACAUGCUGCCCAACCGCGCUGGGGUACAGCUACCACUGUGACCAGCCGACCUUCCCGUGGCAGAGCAGUUUGGGCUGUAACGUGUACAUGAGGGAUCCGAGUUCGACCCUCAACUUUCCUACCGUCACAUCCAUCCGGGACGGGCAGACGGUCAUCACCAGCACGGCGAGGACCGAGGUUGGGAUUGGGGCGUAUGGGGUGGAGACACGGUUUCAGGCAAGGGACUUCGCGUCGAGCACUGAGGGAUUACCAUCACAGCGUCGAGCGAUUUUGAGAGCCAGAGAAUGA